UGCAGCAGCUCUGGUGUCAGUGCGUCUCCUUUUUAGUCAGUUGGGUUCGGUUCUGUGCGGUUAUUGGUCAUGGUGGUUGGUCUGUAGGACUGUCCGUCAUAGCAGCUGUAGUAUAACUAUAUACCAAAUAGUGAUCUUAAAUUAAAUUACAUUUUUAUUAGUUCAUAUUUUAUUAUUUUAUUUUAAAGUUAGUGAUCAAAAUCAUUCGAGUAUAAUGAAUCACCCGAAUUACAAUCAAAACUACAAGCUGGUUGUCGUCGGCGGCGGUGGUGUUGGGAAAUCUGCUAUAACUAUACAAUUUAUCCAGAAAUAUUUUGUGACAGACUAUGAUCCCACAAUAGAAGACUCGUACACAAAGCAAUGCGUAGUCGACGAUGUUCCUGCAAAAUUAGACAUUUUGGACACUGCCGGUCAAGAAGAAUUCAGCGCAAUGAGAGAACAGUACAUGAGGUCGGGUGAAGGAUUUCUGUUAGUUUUUUCUGUGGCAGACAGAACGAGUUUCAACGAAAUGGAAAAAUUCCACAGACAGAUUCUCAGAGUGAAAGACAGAGACGAAUUCCCCAUGCUGAUGGUUGGAAAUAAAGCAGACCUGGGCAACCAGCGAAUGGUUUCUGUACAAGAGGCACAAAACAUGGCUAUGCAACUUAAGAUACCCUACAUUGAAUGCAGUGCAAAAGCAGGAAUGAACAUAGACCAAUCUUUCCAUGAACUCGUACGCAUCGUCAGGAGGUUUCAGAUUUCCGAGAGGCCUCCGAUCAAAUCUGUGCCACAUAAAAGUACAAAAAAAUGCAACAUACUCUAGCAGACCGACUCAAAAUGUUGUAUACGAGCUGAUCACCUAAACAAAGAACCUAAAUUGUGUUCCCAACUAUUGUCAUUUUCAACUCUACACAUUUUUUUCUUAUACAGUAUUUAAAUUUUUUAAAUCUAGUCGUACGAAGUUUGUACAAUAUUAUUGACACAACUUAUAGCACAUAGUUAACAUUAGCCAUUUUUUUUUUAAGACUAACAAAAUUAUUACUAAAAAUGCAUUUGACGAGUCAACUAAAUACAGUUUUGGUGAGUCACCGAUUGGGUUGUUAUGAAUUUCGAUUAAUAUAAUUGUUUAUACCAAUAAUUGUAAAUUCCUUCUAAAACACUACCAGUGGUUGUAAUGUAUAAAACAUUCAUUUUUGGGUAGUAUAUACAAUUUAUUUCUGUUAUAAAUAUUGAUCUUAUCAAACAAAUUAUGUUGUUUUACUUUAUACAUCUUUUUCUAUGUUAAUUAAAAACUCCUCUUAAACUAUGUUAGUUGCUAAUAAUAAAAAAAAUCAACUUAAACGACCAAUUCAAAAUAUUGAAGUAUUA